CCCCAAUCCCGGAAGUGCGCGCGGCCCCGCGCCCGAAAGUCGGCUCGGCUCGGCUCCAAUCCCGGAAGUGCGCGCGGCCGCGCCCCCGCCGGUUCGCGUCUCUCUGCUGCGGCGCGGGGACCGCUGUGCUCUCGGUAGGCGGCUGGGCUGGGUGGGCUCCGCACUUCCUUCCCGCUCCGUGCCGCGCGUCCUGGCACCCUUAGGCCCACUCCGGGAGGGGUCUGCGUCCUGGGCCCGCCUGCCGGCUGUUCCGUGUCCCGCCGUGCCCGUCGCGGGCGGCCUCGCGCCUGUUCUGCUGCAGGUUGGCCCCGGCGGCGGGAGCGCCCCCGAUCCGGACAAAGAAACGAGCGCUCGGUGCGACCGGCGGCGCGGGCGGCUUUGCCAGCGCGCGUGUGCUUGUGUCCGCGAGUGUGCGUGUGUGUGUGCAUUUGGAUGUGGAAUGCCGGGUGUUUCGGGAGCAAUGAGACAGGACGGGGCAGGUGGUGAUGCAGCUGUAACUCGUGAGUCUGAGUGGGAAACAGCCCCCGCGCAGUCGGUGUCGCUGUGAACGGAAAAGGGCCUUCCUUACACAGGAAACGGGGUCUCUGGGGGAUCCAGUGACGUGCCCGACCACAGAGACCAGACCCCUCCUCCUGCAGAGAGUGGUGCUGCCCUCUCGGGAUGUACCUGCAGGUGGAGACCCGCACCAGCUCCCGCCUCCAUCUGAAGAGGGCUCCAGGCAUCCGGUCCUGGUCCCUGCUGGUUGGAAUCUUGUCGAUUGGCCUGGCUGCUGCCUACUACAGCGGAGAUAGCCUGGGCUGGAAGCUCUUCUACGUCACAGGCUGCCUGUUUGUGGCUGUGCAGAACUUGGAGGACUGGGAGGAAGCCAUCUUCGACAAGAGCACAGGGAAGGUUGUUUUGAAGACGUUCAGCCUCUACAAGAAGCUGCUGACUCUUUUCAGAGCUGGCCACGACCAGGUGGUGGUCCUGCUCCAUGAUGUCCGUGAUGUGAGCGUGGAGGAGGAGAAGGUCCGGUACUUCGGGAAGGGCUACAUGGUGGUGCUCCGGCUUGCGACGGGCUUCUCCCACCCCCUCACGCAGAGUGCAGUCAUGGGCCACCGCAGUGAUGUGGAAGCCAUCGCCAAGCUCAUCACCAGCUUCCUGGAGCUGCACUGCCUUGAGAGCCCCACAGAGCUGUCUCAGAGCAGCGACAGUGAGGCCGGUGACCCUGCAAGCCAGAGCUGACAGCCCCACUGUGCCUGAGCCCGUGCACCGCCCACGGGACCCAUGGUACAUUCCCGGUGUGCCUGAGCCCGUGCACCGCCCACAGAACCCGUGGCCUUGGCUUCAGUCAGUGCCUCCCGCUGAGUUGGCCUAUUGCCUGCUCAUGCUGCUGCUUGCACACUGCAUGAAACAGCAGGCCAGACCAGGACACCCAGACUUUCUCCAUCGUGAGGCCUGGGCCUGCCUUUCUGCAGCUGGAGGUCUCGCCAGCCCUGGACUCCUGCUGUGGGCCACAGCAAGACCUCGGGCGAGUGGAGAGGCGGGGCCGGGCCGGGCCCUUGUGGGUGCUGAUGCUGCAUGUUGUCCCCGACACAGCGUCCUCUCCCUGGUGGACAUCCCCAGCAGUCAGGUGCUUCCCCAAGGGCAGUGAGGGGUGAACAUCCAGGGCCUACCUGGCUGUGCACGCUGCAGCCACACUGUGGAAGCUGCCCCUCCCCGAGGACCCGCCUCCCUUGCUGAUGCCAGGAUCUCGGCGCAUAGACCGCUCUGCCCCAGUGGUCGUCACAGAAAGGUCUCUCUGUUCCUCACACUCAGCCUCAGCAUAAGCUGUGAGGCCAGAAAAAAGGUCAGCUCUUCUAGUAUUGUGCAGUGCUUAAAAACCGGGAGCUCCGGCCGGGCGCAGUGGUUCAUGCCAGUAAUCCCAGCACUUUCGGAGGCCGAGGUGGGAGGAUUACUUGAGGCCAGGAGUUCAAGACCAGCCUGGGCAACACAGCAAGAUCCUGUCUUUGUAAAAAAACUAACCAAACAGGAAAAACUGGGAGAUUUUCUGCAGAAAUUGAGUUCCAGCCUCUCUCGAACCUGGGAAGACCUGGCAGGAGGGGGCUGGGCUCUCGGCUACAGACUUCUCCCCACCCCGUAGGAGCUGAAUGCCAACCAUCCUGACCCGCCAGUGUUCUUGGUCUCCUGAGUGCACCCAGGUCCUCCCAGGUGUGGUGUGCACCGAGCGCGCCUGGCCUGAUGCCCUGGCCUGUGAGCUGGGGACUCUUGGGCCCUGUGAGCCCCUAGGCGGCAGGCCCAGGAAUGGCUGGGUAGGACAGGGAACACCUUUGCCCCACGUCUGGCUGUGACCUCGGUGAAAGCCGACAGGAGAGAGAUGGGACCCUCCUCCUCAGUAGUGGCUGCCAGUCCCUCGUUGCAGGACAUGGUCAUCGUAACCAUAAAUAACCCUUUGCGUGUCA